AUGGCUGGAAUGAAAUUCGAAUACGAUGAAAAUGGCGGAAAGUUUUAUUAUUUUAUUCUUUCCGUCUAUGCAUUAAUUCUUGUACCCGCUACAUACUGGCUAUGGCCUAAAAUAGAAAAAAGAAAAAGUGUCCCACAUCCUGAAGAUACAUCUAAUUUUGCUCCAUGCCGAAAUAAACAUCAAUCAUUACAUGCAAAUGAACCGAAUCAAAGACGACGAGCAAUAAUAACAAAAAUUGGUCUAGCGUUAGCAUGGAUUAUAUUAAUAAUUCUAGCUUAUCGCGUAUCCUUAAUUGAAAUCGAACAUAAAGAAUAUGAUCCAUUUGCAGUGCUAGAUGUUGAUCGAGAAGCAACAAUAGCUGAAAUAAAACGAGCCUAUCGCGAUUUGAGUAAGAAACAUCAUCCAGAUCGUGGUGGUGAUGCCGAAAUGUUUAAAGAAAUAGCUAAAGCAUAUAAAACAUUAACGGAUGAAGAAGCAAAAGAGAAUUGGAAAAAAUAUGGCAAUCCUGAUGGACCAGGAGUUGCACAUUUUGGUAUUGCUUUACCAAAAUGGUUAGUUGAUCAUAAAAAUUCUGUAUUUGUUCUUUUGGUUUAUGCUGGUAUCUUUAUGAUUGUUCUACCAGUUAUUGUCUGUCUCUGGUGGCAAAAAUCUGCUCGUUAUUCAGGUGAUCAAAUUUUAAUUGAUACAAUUCAACUUUAUUGGAUAUUUUUAAGUAAAACAGCAUCAAUUAUUACUAAACGUGCAAUUAUGAUUCUUAGUGCAUCAAGAGAAUUUGAUCGUACUCGAAAUCCACUUAUUAUUGAUCGAUUAAGUGAUAAUGUUGAAUUACCAAAAUUAUUUCGAGAAUUACCUGAUAUACAAGAAAAAACAAAAGAACGACCAUUUCAAUUACCAUAUUGUUUAAAAGCACGUACAUUACUUCAUGCACAUCUUCAACGAUUAACUACAUUAAGUAGUGAUCUUGAAAAAGAUAAAGCAUAUAUUGUAAAGAAAGCUCCAUAUUUAAUUAAUGAAAUGAUUAAUAUUGAAGCUCAACUUGUUGCGAUGGGACAUGCUGGAAGAUUGAGAAAUGCUCCACGUUUGGAUACAAUUGAAAAUACAAUGAAAUUGUCACCAAUGAUUGUACAAGCAUUAUGGAGUGGAAAAAGUCCUUUACUUCAAUUACCACAUAUAACUGAAGGUCAUUUAAGAUUUUUCGAAACAAAAAAGCGUACAAUCAAAUCAAUACGACAAUUCGCAGGAAUGGACGAUGAAGAACGUCGUUCUAUGCUUCGUAGUAUUACAGAUGAACAAUAUGAUGAUAUCAUGAGUGUUCUAUCUAUUUAUCCACAUCUAACAAUGAAUGUAUCCUGCGGAGUUUUUGAUGAUGAAGAUGAACAUAUCAUAACAACAGGAGCCGUAGUAACAUUAACAAUACAUUUAGAACGUGAAAAUAUGUCAAGUGUAUUUAAUAAAGAACUUGGAUCGAAUACAUCGACUACUAUGAAUACACUUGAUGAUGAAGCAAAUGAAGAACAAGUUGAGGAUAAAGAAAAUCGAGAAAAGACGAAUGAUACAUCAAAAGGAGCAACAGCUGCAGCAUCGAAUACAUCAAAAGGUUGGAAUAAUAAAUCCGAUAAGAAGAAAAAGCCAAAAAAGAAAGGUCAAGCUACAGCAUCAAAACCAAAUACUUCUACCGCAAAUAAACAAUCAACACCGACUAACACGAAUAAAAAACAAGGAAAAACAGAAGAUAAAGAGUCAAGUGAUGAUGAUUCAUCAAAACAUUCUGAUGAUUCUCCAUCUACUACAUUACGCCACCGUCACGAACAAUCAAAAGAUGAAACAAAUAAUAGUGAUAAUGAGAAUAAUGAUGAAGAAAAUGUCCCAGAAACAACACCAAAGAAAUCACGAAAAACGACUGAUAAUGAUGAAGAUACAUUUCUUGAACGAUUUCAACAACAACAACGUAAACGUGAAAAAUUAGAAACAAAAGCUAAAAUUAGUCAUCGAGUUUUCUGUCCAUUCUAUCCUGAAAUAAAACAAGAAUGUUGGUGGUUAUAUGUUGCCGAUAGAAAACAACAUUCAUUAAUUAGUGCUCCAGUUUAUCUUUGUACAUUAAAAGAUAAAGAAGAAGUUGAGGUGAAAUUUUCUGCACCAAAAAUACCUGGUCAUUAUGUUUACUCAGUUAUUUUAAGAUCUGACUCAUAUUUUGACGUUGAUGUCAUGGAAAAUCUUGCUUUUGAUGUACAAGCAGCUAAAGAAAUGGAUGAUAAUCAUCCACAAUGGGACUUUAGUGAAGAAGAAGGCGCAACAAAUAACAAAGCUGAAGAUGAAGAAUUUGCUACCGAAAGUGAAAGCGAUGAAGAAUAG